CCACGAAGGCGAUGAGCCAUCAUGCAACGGCGCACACUAGUAUCCUCGUGCGAUGCCUUGCCUCUCGGAGUGGAGGGACCUUCUCGGCACGUAACCCGCCCCCGUUAGAUACAAUCGAGGAAUCGUGUGUUUCUGCGUGCAAUCGACAUGGCCUGCGUGUGCAAGUUUGUACGGCGGAAGACGCAGCCACCCAACUCCUGCAAACGUUCACACAACCCACGUUGCACAAAGUCCACUUGGUGAUUCUGCGAGUCGUCGCUACCUAUCCCAUGGAUGCUCUCUUGAAGAUCUUGCGUGCGUUGCGGCAAGUGAGUCAACAACUCUUCCUGUGCGUGUUUUCGGCGCACGUGGCCGAUCAUGCCAUGCAACGGUAUCGGUGCUUUGGGGACGGUGCGUCGAUGGUCACGAGCUCUGUGGACGAUCUAACAACUGUGCUCGGCAAACUGGCGCAAGAAGAGGACGCCGACAACCGCAGUCAAAACCACUCGUCUCGACGGACCCUUCUAUAUCCAUGUCCUUUCUGCGGCAAGUCCGGGUUGACAGAAGACGCACUUUGGAUCCACUGUCCUCUCCACCACAUCAACGAAAAGAACCGAACGGAUAUCGCGUGCCCCAUCUGCUCCGAGAAGCACGGGAAAGCGUACAGGGCAUCCGCACCAUUCCAAGUUCACCUUCACAAUGCACAUGGUCCGCCCGGCCGCGGUGACCUUCCCAGUGAAUUCCGCAACCCCGAUUCGACCCUAUACUGUUUUGCGCUGGUCGUGUGUCGCCAUCCGCUCACGAAGCUCUUUCUGCUCGUCCAAGAAUUUGCUUGCUCGGGCUACUGGUUGCCAGGGGGCCGGGUCGACGCGGGCGAAACUCCCGAAGCCGCCGCGAUUCGCGAGACCAAGGAAGAAGCCGGCCUAGACGUGCGACUGACAGGACUUCUUCGGCUUGAGUACCAUCCAAAAGUCGACUCGUCCGGGCGCGAGUACGUGCGCAUGCGGUUCGUUUUCCUGGCCGAGCCCCUGGACAACCUUCAAAAACCAAAGUCCAUCCCCGAUUACGAAAGCGCCGGUGCCACGUGGUGCCAUGUCCAAGACGUGAAGCAGCUGCCUUUGCGAGGCCCAGAGCCUGUCGAGUACUUUGAAUACGUUGCGAAUGGCGGCAACGUCGUGCCUCUCUCCAGCAUUGUGAUGAAGGGCGACCGGCGUUAGCCCCGCCAUGAUACGUUGCAGGAGCCGAAAGCCACUCCCACAGAUGUCUUGCUCUUUCGCGGAACGGAUACGGCAACAAAUUCAUUCAGGCUGAUAAACUUCAAACGUGCCAACGCCAAAGAUGAGUUUGAGCUUGGUCGUGGUGGACACUGGCGGGGCGGCGCCGCCGUGUUUUUUCUACGGCGAGCCAAGUCAC